AUGGUGGACGACGAGGAGCUAAGGAGGCUGCGGUUCGUUCUGAGCAAAAAGGUGGGGCGAAUAAAAUACUUUUUUUCGUACACAUUUUACAAAUUAUUCAGCCAUUUUUAUAACAAGAAAAAUAAAAAGCGAGAAAGGUUUGUAAAUAUCCACGGCAGGACGAGUCCCAAUUUUUUCUGUGACAAUAAAAUUAGGAGUACAAAGUACACAGUGAUCACAUUUAUUCCCCUCUUUUUAUUUUACCAGUUCGCGGAUUUUUUAAAUUUAUUUUAUUUGUGUGUUUCUUUGCUACAAGUUAUCCCAAUAUUCAACACAGGGUAUGUGUUCACCUUUGUGGCUCCAUUAAUCUUCAUCAUCUUUGUGAGUUUAAUUAACGAGGUGGUUGACGAUUUGAAGCGGUUUAUAAAGGACCUCGAGAAUAACAACGAGAUUUAUUACACCCUUUUGGAGAAUGGGAAUUUCGAAAAAAUAUACUCCAAAGAUAUAAAAGUGGGAGACAUAAUUUUGAUAAAAUCGAAGCAGAGAGCCCCAGCGGACUGUAUUUUGUUACGUAAUUUAAAUAAAAAUGAAGAAUAUACUUUUAAAGUGGAGGAGAAGAAAUUUUUCGGAAGCAUAAAAUUGAACAAAAAUUCCAACGUGUAUAACAAAAUUAACAAAAGCUACUACCAUUUUAAUAAAAAUAUUGAUAACGAACUGAUUGACGAUCGAUAUAACGAAUCGAACAACAACUUGAGCGAAACGAGCAAUAAUCUUCUCUUUAGUGAAAAUGAAAAAUCGCUAAACGGAGGGAAAGAAAAAAAAUACCUCUUAAAAGAUAAGUCAGAAAUAGGUGGUCAUAAAAAUGAUAUGAACAGUUCAGGCGAUUUGGACCAUUUUGAGAAGAAGAAAAAAAAAAAAAAAAAAAAAAAGAAGAAAAAGAAGAUAUUAAAAAAUAAAAGCAGAGAAAACAAAGACGCAGGUGCCUCGAACGAAACGGCGAAUUAUACGUAUGUCAAAACGGACAAAAUUGACGGAGAAACAGACUGGAAAAUUAAGUACCCAAUUAGCAUUUUCCAAAAUUUGAAGAAGUUGAAGGAUUUCUUCACCAUCGACAUUUUGUUCAUUCUGGAGCAGCCCAAAAAUGACAUUUACAAAAUUGAGGGGUCCUUCGUCAUAUUCAAGUACAACCCGUAUGGCGACUUCCAGAAGGAGGAAAACAACAACACCCUGGGGCUGAACGACCACCAGUUGAUGAACUACUCGUUCGACAUGAUCCGGGACGGGGAGAUCGACUUGGAGCGCGGCGGCGGGGGUCGCGGCGGAGUGGCCAGGGGGGGCGAGCCCGGCGCGCCGCCAUACGGGGAGGAGGAGGAAGAGGAAGAAGAGGAUGACGAUGAGGAGGACGACGAGGAGGACGACGAGGAAGGCGACGAUGAUGACGAUGAGGAGGACGACGAGGAAGAGGAGGAGGAAGAGGAGGAGGAGGACCCCCGAGAGGACGAACGCCGAAACGAACUCGAAAUGGACAACGUAGCCAACGACAAAGAAAAAAAGGGCCACCACAAGGGCUACGUAAAUUUGGCGGAAAAAGGCACAAACUACCUGUACAUCGGUAACAAGAAGGAAAAGAAGAAGAACAAAGAAAUGGUGAAAUUUAUCGACGUGGAAAAGGGAGCCGUUGGAGGAGGGGGAGUAGUUGUAGCGGUAGGGGGCGGAGGAUCAGGUGGUGCUAUACCGGAUCGAAGCAGAGGAGUGAUUGAAAAGUACAGCUGCUCAAAAAAUGGGGGAAAAAAAAGCGGACAUUAUGUAGGCGAAACGAGCAUGUGUAGCGUAUUUAAUAAUGAAGAUAACUUCAAUUUUUACAAUGUGAGUUAUAGAAAAAAAUUAAGUUACGACAAUUUUAUUUUGUUCAAUUCGGUGAUUACCAGCUCGGAUGUGCUCUGUUUGGUGAUUUACACCGGAAGUGACACGAGAGUGAACAUGAGCACACAGAUUAGCAAAAUUAAAAGAGGGAUGAUAGAUAAGAAGCUAAAUAUGAUAACUCUAUUUUUGUUUCUGAUUCUGACGUUGUUUUCCAUGUAUAUGUGCUCCAUUAAAUUGAACAAUCUGUGGUACUUGAAUUUUAUUCGCUUCAUUUUGCUGUUCUCCUCCGUCAUCCCGAUAUCCUUAAGCGUCAAUUUGAAUAUCGCCAAGAUUUACUACACCUUGGUGAUUCAGAAGGAUAAAGAAAUUGAGACGACCAUCAUAAAGAACAGCGCAAUUAUAGAAAACUUUGGAGACGUGGAUUACAUUUUCACGGACAAGACGGGGACACUCACGGAGAAUGUAAUGGUCCUCAAGGUUAUUCAUAUCGGCUUGGAUGUCAUUCACGCAGAAAAUGAGAAGAAUAAUAUGCUACAGGGCAGUAUGGAAAAUAAAGGCAAAGGAAAUUUCAACAAGCAUAUGUUGUCGUACGAUUUGGAUGACCUGAACGAAGAUGUGGAUGCCUCGUCGAUAUACUUAGGGUCUAACUACUCCAAGAACGAUCGAAGGAAUAAGCACAGUGCAAACAAAAACGGCCACUACAUCUCCUUUAACUACGACGUGGAGAGUGGGAGAAGCAAAAACGAACUCUCAACGUUGAGGCAACUGAGCAAAACAGUAAACCCCAUGGAUCGCAUCAACAUGCUACAAGAUGAGGACCAUUUUGAUGAGGAAAAUUUCGACUACAACAAUUUUGAUUAUGGAAAAUUUAAUGAACAUUCCACGGGCUCCAAAUCUGGCUACUCCCAAAACAGCUACCGUAAUGCAAAUUUGAAGCCUUUCAAGCAGAACAGCUUGGCUCUGAGCACCAACGUCUCAGGGGGGGCGUCCGCGCAGAGGCGAAAUGACAUUCAUAAAAAGAAUUCGCUGCACCUGGAGAAGAAGAAGAAGAAGAAGGUGGAGCAGAUGGUGGACGAGUUUCUCAAGUACAAGUCGGACCCCCUCGAUUAUUACAAUGACAAUGUGGAGGACGUGGAGUUUUUGAAGAAGCACCGCGUGUUCCAGACCUUCCUCUCCUUCCUCAUAUGCAACAAUAUUAGGACGCUGGCCAAGGAGAGUGCCACGGUGAGCGGCGGGGGAAGUGGCGGCGGAAAUGGCGGCGCGAAUGGCAGCGCAAAUGGAAGUGCAAAUGGAAGUGCAAAUGGAAGUGCUGGGGGCGGCAAGGAAAAGGACAAGGCCAAGAAGAAAAAGGAGCCCAAGGAAACGGACUUCCAGAAAAACUUCUACUACAUACUGAAGGUGAACCGAAAGAGCAAAAAGGAAAGUAAAGCCAAGAAGGAGAAGCACACGGAUAGCACCAGCACGGCCUUCUCCUAUGACAAGAAAAAUGUGGAGGUGAACAGCUCAGAAGAUUCCGAGACCUUCUCCCAUUCGGAUGUCAGUUAUCAGUGCUCCUCUCCAGACGAGUUGGCCUUCCUGAAAUAUGCCACCAAUUGUGGAUUCAUCUUGAGGAAGAAGACUGCCAGUAGGAUAGAAAUAAAAUACAAAAGCCUUGUCAUGGAAUACGACAUUUUGCUUCAUAUCCCCUUCUCUUCGGAAACGAAACGAAUGAGCAUUUUCGUGCGCAACGUGAAGAACAGGAACAUAUAUUUUUUCAUUAAGGGGGCGGAUAACAUUUUAAUAAAGAAGUGCCAUGAGAAAUACAAAACGUUUAUUUAUGAGGAGAGCGACCAUCUGUCCAAUUUGGGUCUGCGUGUUCUGGUGCAUGGCUUCUUAAACAUCGAGGAGCAGUUCUUCCACACCUUCUCCAAUUUGUACAACAAGAAUAAGGACGUCAAGGGGCAGCUGGAGAGCAUUUUGGACUACGUCGAGAAGAACAUCAAGGUUUUGGCCAUCACCGGCGUGGAGGACAAGCUGCAGGAGGGCGUCGGGAAGACCAUCGAGAUGCUCUACAACAGCGGCAUCAAGGUGUGGGUGCUGACCGGAGACAAAAUCGAAACGGCCAUCUGCAUCUGCAAAAACGCCAACAUUAAGAAGAAGAAGCACAACAUAUAUAUUUUCAGGCACGAAAAUAUUAAGAGCACGUCCAACCUCAUACGGGAGUUUAACUCCAUCCUAAGUAACAUCGAUUCGUACGUCCUCUUCUUCGACAACAUAAUCAUACAGAACUGCAUCAAGUACAUUCCCAACGCGUUCGUGGAUUUCGCGGCGAAUGCGAGGGCAGUGGUCUGCUGCCGGUGCAGCCCCAUCGAGAAGAAAGAAAUCGCCGUGCUGAUCAAGACCAUUAAGCGGAAGAAAAUCCUGUGCAUCGGCGAUGGGGGAAACGACGUGGCCAUGAUCCAGUCAGCGGACAUCGGCAUUGGAGUUUUAGGAAAGGAAGGAAAGCAAGUGGUGCACGACAGUGACAUUAUUGUUUCAAAAUUUAAGAACAUAAAGAAGCUCAUUCUGUACUAUGGCAACAACACCUUUCUGCAGACCUCCUCCCUCUGCUCCUUCCUCAUCCACCGGGGCUUCGUCCUCACCUACCUGCAGUUUAUUUACAGCUACAUCUUUUUCAGCAUACCGGUGUCGAUUUUUCAGGGAUGGCUGCAAAUCGGCUACACCACGUACUACACCACGGCGCCGUUCCUGUCGCUGCUGUUGGACGUCAAGAUAAAAAAAAACUUGAUAUACCUCUACCCCGAGAUAUACAAAAAUAAGAAGCACAAGCGGAAGCUGGACUUGAAGUCCUUCUUCAUCAUCGUGUGGAUCUCCAUUUUUCAGGGAACCGUGGUCAUGCUCGGGGCGCUGAAGCUGUUCAACGACAACUACAACAACCUCAUCAACAUUUCCUUUUCGUCCCUCAUCGUUUUGGAGAUCAUGAACAUUCACUUGGAGGUGGAGUCCUGGCACCCGCUGAUGAUUUCGGCGAACAUCUGCUCCUUCAUCGUCUACAUCUUCUCCAUGUUCAUCCUGAGGAACUACUUCGACAUCAUGCAGAUAAUGUCCGUGAUGUUUUGGUACAAAGUCAUUUUGAUUGUGCUCUUCGCCUGGCUGCCCUUCUUCAUAAUUAAAAAGGUGAAGAACAUCAUAACGCCCUCGCAGUUUUUCAAGCUCGCGUGA